CUGCUCAACCCUCCUCACCUCUUCAUCUUUCACUCACUUUACUUUUUACCCUCUUAUCCCACUCCACAUCCUUCAAACACCGUCAAAAUGGGUGAGCCAGCACAGAAGUUCAAGGUUGCAGACAUCAACCUCGCGGCCUUUGGCCGACGAGAGAUUGAGCUGGCCGAGCAGGAGAUGCCAGGUCUCAUGCAGACCCGUGAGAAGUAUGCCGCCGAGCAGCCCCUCAAGGGAGCCCGCAUUGCCGGUUGCUUGCACAUGACCAUCCAGACUGCCGUGCUCAUCGAGACGCUCAAGGCCCUCGGUGCUGAGCUGACCUGGACCUCCUGCAACAUCUUCUCCACUCAAGAUCACGCUGCCGCGGCCAUCGCUGCCAGCGGCACUCCCGUCUUCGCAUGGAAGGGUGAGACUGAGGAGGAGUACCAGUGGUGCUUGGAGCAACAAUUGAAGUCUUUCCCAUCGGGUCAGCCUCUCAACCUGAUUCUCGACGACGGUGGUGAUCUUACUGCUCUCGUGCACACCAAGUACCCAGAGAUGCUCACUGGCUGCUACGGUAUCUCCGAGGAGACCACCACUGGUGUCCACCACCUCUACAAGAUGCUCAAGAACAAGGGCAAGCCAAAUGGACUUCUCGCACCAUCCAUCAACGUCAACGACUCCGUCACCAAGAGCAAGUUUGACAACCUCUACGGCUGCAGAGAGUCCCUCGUCGAUGGUAUCAAGCGUGCCACCGAUGUCAUGAUUGCUGGCAAGAUCGCUGUCGUUGCCGGUUUCGGUGAUGUCGGCAAGGGCUGUGCUCAGGCUCUCCACUCCAUGGGUGCCCGUGUGCUCGUCACUGAGAUCGAUCCUAUCAACGCUCUCCAGGCUGCCAUGGCUGGAUACCAAGUCGUCACCAUGGAGGAGGCCGCUCCUAUUUCCCAGAUCUUCGUGACAACCACUGGUUGCCGAGACAUCAUUGUUGGCAAGCACUUCGAGGCCAUGCGUGAGGAUGCCAUCGUCUGCAACAUUGGCCACUUCGACAUUGAGAUCGACGUUGCCUGGUUGAAGAAGACCGCCAAGGAGGUUGUCAGCAUCAAGCCUCAGGUCGACCGCUUCCUCAUGCCAAACGGCCGCCACAUCAUCCUCCUCGCUGAGGGUCGUCUCGUCAACUUGGGCUGCGCGACUGGCCACAGCUCUUUCGUCAUGUCCUGCUCUUUCACCAACCAGGUUCUUGCCCAGAUCAUGUUGUACAAGGCUGGCGACCGCCAGUUCGCCACCAAGUACGUCGAGUUCGCCCGUGCCAUCGAAGGCGAGGCCGAUGGCCCAAUCAAGGUCCAAGAGGAGGGUCAAGUCAAGUCCAGCGUCCCACGCAUGCCAAUCGGCGUCUACGUUCUGCCAAAGAUCCUCGACGAGCAGGUCGCUCUCCUCCACCUUGAACACGUCAACGUCAAGCUCACCAAGAUGACCGAGGCCCAAGCAGAGUACAUGUCCCUGCCAAUCGAGGGUCCAUUCAAGACCGAGAUGUACCGCUACUAGACGGCACAUCUCAUCAAAAGAGAUGUUUAUGAUGUUUAUGAGCGAUGCUUCAACACGUGAAUUUUUUGGAACUUGCAAGAUACCACUUUUUACGUCUGGGAACAGAAAGGGGUUUUGUCUUUUCAACAGACAGAGCAUUCAAUUACCGGGAGGGGCGGGCCAAAAGAUAAAAGCAUUGCGAGGCGCUUGGGCGUUCAACAUGAAGAAAGAGGGGAUACCACAAAAUCUAGCCGGCAUGAAGAGUUUCUAAAAUCACCUGAUCUCUCACUUCAACUCGAGAGCUAGGGCGUUGGCUGGCCCUUUUUAUAGAGUCUUCUUUAGUAUAGAGAGAGACGGUGCCCGCCACAAGCUGUAACAAUAUAUGACAUGUCAAGUUUGACAUAGAAAGCAGUCUCACUUCCCA